AUGGAUCUCGACCCACCAAUCCCAAAAUACCAAACUUCGGACCCGACGAGUUUCGCGUACAAAUCGGCACGGGAGAGAUGGCCCGCCAUCAUCACGGGCGCCAUUGACGACGUCACGAGGAGCGUAUCUGCUCUGCCCGGCGACGCCGAGGACGCCGUCGCAGAGGGCAAGCGGAUUAUCUCGAGCUUGGGCAGUCUCAAGUACGAGUUGCAGCACGACCGGGCUCUCGUCGAGAUCGGCGACGACGGCCAAGCCGACGUGGGACUCUACAAUGACGAAUUGGCCGCGAGGGGCCGCGAGUCGGGCGGAGGGGUGGUCAAGUGGCACGGCGUCGAAUGGCUGUACGGCGAGUGUUACCUGUACCGGCGCAUCGGGGUGCUGUUCAGCACGGCCAGGACGGCGGCGUGGAAGGGUUACGACCCGUUUGCCAGGCAAAAGAUGGACACCUUCCGGUCCAGUCGGAACGCCGUGCUCGAGUUGGCCACGAGGUACCGUGAAAUCAUCGCCCAGAUAAAAGGAAGCGAGGACCAUCGUCACCUACUGGCCGCGGGGGACGAGAGCGACGAGGCCGAGGCGGAAAAGACGCUGUUCGUCGAGAUGGCCGAGAUUUGUCUGUGGGGGAACGCCACCGACCUGAGUUUGCUCACCACGUUGACCUACGAGGACAUUCAAAAGUUGCAGGGGAGCCAGGCUCGCAGGGAGAGUGAGAAGAAUGUCAUCGUCAACGAUCUGGGAAAGGCUUUCGACGUUCUCAAGCGCGCCGAGAGGGAAGGCCACCAAAACAGACGAGUGGAUAUCGUGCUGGACAACGCCGGGUUCGAAUUGUUCGUCGAUCUCGUCCUGGCGGGGUAUCUGGUCGCGGUGGGUUUGGCGACCGAGGUGGUUUUGCACCCCAAAAGUAUGCCUUGGUUCGUGAGUGACGUUGUCCCCGGGGACUUUGCUGCUUUGUUGGACGCCAUGAGGGAUCCGGCGACAUUUUACGCUUCGUCCGAAACCGAGAGUAAAGGGUUGACGGAACAACAAGAGAGUGACAUCAAAUUCUUGUUUGAAGAUUGGAAGAAUCUACACGAAGAUGGGAAGUUGAUUUUACGCCCCAAUCGAUUCUGGACUCACGCGGGUAGUUUUUGGCGGAUGCCAAAAAUCGCCCCCGAGGUCCUUGAGGAUUUGAGGGAAAGUGAGUUGGUCGUGUUCAAAGGGGAUUUGAAUUAUCGAAAAUUGACCGGUGACGCAACAUGGCAACCGACGACACCAUUCACCGACGCCAUCGGUCCACUCGGUCCUGGUUCAGGAUUGAGGGUUCUCGCAUUACGUACGUGCAAGGCAGAUGUGGUGGUCGGAUUACCAAAUGGUAAAGACGAAGAAAUCCGUGCCAUGGAAGGUGGUGGUGGUGAUUCGGGAGCGAGAAAAUGGGCUUGGAGUGGUAAAUGGGCAGUUGUACAAUUCAGUGAUGGUAAAGGCACGACUUAGCCUUGGAGUACGAGAAGUACUAGGUCUCAGCCUGAGGAUACAAAGUCCAACGAAAUGGAAAGAAGACGAAAAAGAAUAGAAAUAGACACUUUGUUUAGGAAGUGAUGAUGAUGAGUCCGAUGCCGUGGAUACGUAUGAUAUACUCAUGUUCAUCAAAGC